AAAUAAUAUGAAGCGGCAUUAUUAAUCACUGUGCCUCGUCGUUACUAAAUUCUGAUGGAUAUAAUCUCUCAAGAAAUAUCAAAUACUCCUCCUGUUACGUCUGCAUACAUAUCAACAUGUUUUCUACUAACAGUUGCAGUCCAACUCAACUUAAUUUCUCCUUUUCAAUUAUAUUUCAAUCCGUCUUUAAUAGCGAAUAACUUUCAGUUAUGGAGGCUGGUGACAUCGUUUUGCUUCUUCGGAUCAUUCAAUUUUAGUUUUCUCUUUAAUAUCCUGUUCGCUUAUCGAUACUGCCGUAUGUUGGAAGAAACGUGGUACAGUACGAAAACUGCUGACUUUGUCAUGAUGUUUCUGUUUUGUGGAACUCUCACGAUAAUAAUCGCCUUGUUUGUUAACAUGCUGUUUCUCAGUCAUGUCUUGACAAUGAUGCUUGUUUACGUCUGGAGUAGAAGAAAUCCAUUAGUGAGGCUAAACAUAUUCGGGAUAAUAGAAGUAAAUGCUCCAUACCUUCCCUGGGUGUUUUUUGCAUUUUCUUUCCUUCUUGGGAAUAAUAUGAUGGUUGAUCUUAUUGGUAUUUUUGUUGGUCAUCUUUAUUAUUUCCUCGAAGAUGUAUAUCCUAAUCAAGUGAAUGGAUUUCGAAUACUCCGUACGCCUGAAUUUAUGAAAUAUUUAUUUAAUAGACGACAAAUUAAUCGUGCUUAUGAGCCUCUCCCAGAAGUGGGAAGACCUGGUGGCUUUAAUUGGAAUGGUCAGGAGUAAUCUCACCGUAAUAACAAAUAGUUUUCUAAUUUAUCUUUUUCUUAUACCCCUGAGUAUAUGUUUUGGUUGUGUAAAGUUUCUUCUCUUGAUUAUUUACUUUGGCUUAUUAUUUUUAUUGCAUGGUUUUGCCAGUCUGUAAAUGUUUAUUAAGACUGCCUUACACUUUUGAGAUUAUCAAACCGCACUGUUGCUACUUUUUAUAAACUUAAAACAAUUACAGUAAUGUUUUGAAUUUUUCAAGAAUAACAGUCAGUUAUACGCAAUGUAUGUUUCAGCACAUGUGCACAUCAACUAAAUUGUCACAUCCCAUCAUUA